AACCUCCUGUUAGGUAGUUGAAGACAGCAGUGAGACCUCUCUACUUCAUGCUGAGUGAACUCAAGUCUCAUCAUCUCCAGCCAUACAUAAUCUCUCUGGGAAGCAAAAAUUCAGAAAGCAACACCUGAGUUAUUGGGUUAAUUCCUUUAUCAUCUGAUAAGGUAGAAAUAAGACAGAGAAAUUAUUUGAGGUCAGUGUUAUUCCCAGUUUGCUUUGCUCAAUUUUAUCUUUUCAGCGAUUUUAAUGAUUCAUGUAAUACACCUCUUUGCAGGAGCUAUUACGCUCCACAUCUGCAACUUAAUACAAGCACACUAAUCUCAGGAUGUUUAUUUCAUUGGCAAGCAGAUAGAAAUUGUUGCAAACCAUGAGCCCCGCUGGAUUUUCCUGCCAUUCUCCAAAAUAUAUAUAAGAACACUACCAGAAAUCAAAAGCUUUUGAUAGCAUCACUGGACAAAAAGCCCAGCACACAGUUAGAUAAGUCCAUAAUAUGUUGGGUGAGCAAUUGGCUGACAGGUCAUGCUCGAAGAGUUCUAGUAAAUAGUGUUACAUCAAGCUGGCAGGCAGUCAUCGGUGGGGCUCCCCCGGGCUCAAUUUCAGGGUCACUGCUCUUUAAUAUUUUUAUAAAUUAUCUGGACACAGGAAUCGAAUGUACUUUAACAAAGUUUGCCAAUGAUACCUAACUAUGAGGAGCUGUGGGUUCCCCUGAGGGUCUGGAGGCCUUACGGGGAGAUCUGGAUAGACCAGAGAGCUGGGCAAUCACCACCUGCACAAAAUUUGACAAGAGCAAGUGCCUGUUCUCCACCUGAGAUGAGGCAAUUCUGCUUAUACAUACAAAUGGAGGGUCAAGAAGGCUGGACAGCAGCCCUGCAGAAAGACAUCGGGGGGGUUGGGUCAACAGCAAGUAUGAGCCAACAGUGUGCCCUGGCAGCCAAAAGGGCGAGCGGUGUCCUGGGGUGCAUCAAGCACAGCAUUGCCAGCUGGCUGAGGGAGGUAUUUGUCCCAAUCUACACCAGGCUGGUGCGGCCCCACCUUGAAUACUGUGUGCAGUUUCAGGUACCACAGUGUAAAAAGGAUAUAAAGCUACUGGAAAGUGUCCAGAGAAGGGCGACCAAGAUGGUGAAAAGCCUCAAGGACAAGACUUUGGAGGAACCGCUGAGGUCACUUGGGUUGUUCAACUUGGCGAAGAGAAUGCUGAGGGGUGAUCUCAUCGCAGUCUACAACUUCCUCGAAGGGGACAACAGAAGGGGAGGUGGUGAUCUCCUCUCUCUGAUGACCAGCAAGAGACGUCGACUAAAUAGAAUGAAGCUGUGUCAGGGUAGCUUGAAGGAAAUGGACAGUGGUGGACGGAAAAGUGCUGAUCAGCUCACCCAAUACAAAAUGAGAAGUGUAGAAAGGAAGAACACUUCCACCUUUUGUCUGACAAAAUUUAAUUUCUAGGUUAAUUUGCAAAUAAAAAUGAGUUUUGUUGGAUCACAACCGAACACCUGCCCAAAGUAAGGAAUUUGAAAAAAAUUGUGGGUGAGAGGAAAGUAUGUCAGUAGAAGUGUUCCCACUAUGAGGACUGUUAAUUGCUUGUGAUCCUGCUGUGGAAGAAGGUGUGGGAAAAUUAAUGCUCUGAGCAAUAUUUGUCUUGCUGAGUGUUUUCCUUUUUUUCUUCACUCAUGGUUGACGUGACCUUUGUGGAAUCCAACUGCUAGAGGAGAUGUACUGCAACAUGCAGAGUACAUUAUUAUUAUCUUGAAUAUUCUCCAGCUUUCAUACCAAAUGUUUAGUCUGCUUGGUCAGGACUAAAUGUCCUUUGCUUUUGACUUCUGAAGAUUUCUGCUCCAGAUAGCACACCUGGUAUGUUCCUGCAGUUUUCCUUUAAAGAAGCACAAAAGUAGCUUUCUUUGCUGAUUUGCAGCACUGUAAGAUAGGCUUUUAAGAAAACUAUUUAAAAAAAUAUUCUCAGAAAUCAAACAAAAAUACAGUUCGUCAAAUCCUAUGACCUGGUUGCCAUUACUGAAACAUGGCGGUCUGAAUCUCAUGACUGGAUUGCAGCUAUCGAUAGCUACAAGCUGUUCAGAAGAGACAGGCAAGAAAGGAGGGGUAGAGGAGUUAACCUCUACAUCAAGAAAUGGAUAGAGUGUGAAGAGCUGUCUUUGAAGAGUAGCCACGAGCAGGUUGAAAGCCUAUGGCUAGAAGUCAGAGACUGAGGCAACAAAGGGAACCUAGUGGCUAGAGUCUACUACAGGCUGCCUGAUCAAGAGGAGGCAAUCGAUGAAGUCUUCAUACUUCAGCUGCUGGAGGCAUCCCUCUCAGAGGCUCUCCUUCUGCUGGGGAAUUUCAACAACCCGGACAUCUGCUGGAGGAAUCAUAGAAUCACCAGGUUGGAAAAGACCUCUUGGAUCAUCGAGUCCAACCAUUCCUAUCUGCCACUAAACCAUGUCCCUGAGCACCUUGUCUACCUAUCUUUUAAAUACUUCCAGGGAUGGGGACUCAACCACCUCCCUGGGCAGCCUCUGCCAGUGCCUCAUGACCCUUUCUGUGAAAAAUUUUUUUCUAAUGUCCAGUCUGAACCUCCCCUGGCGGAGCUGGAGCCAUUCCCCCUUGUCUUUUCCCCUGUCACUUGGGAGAAGAGGCCAGCUCCCUCCUCUGAUCUGUAGCCAAUCCAGGAGACUCCUGGAAUGCAUUGAAGACAACUUUUUAAGCCAGAAAAUAGACACCCCUUCCAGGGCAGAUGCAAUACUUGACAUUGUGAUCACUAAUGUGACUGAGCUAAUCAAAGACAACAAGGUUGGAUGCUACCUGGGAUGUAGUGAUCACACACUGGUGGAGUUCACGGUCCUGAGGGCUACGGGUCAAGUGAAGAGUAAAGUCAGGACCCUGAAUUUCAGGAAAGCAAAAUUCCAGCUCUUCAAGAAGUUAGUUGAUAGGACUCCCUGGGAAACUGUCCUCGGGGACAAGGGACGAGAGCAGCACUUGCAGGUCUUUAAGGAUGCUCUCCAUCGCGAGGUGCAAGAAGUCUGGCAGAAAAGGCAAGAGAUCAGCAUGGCUGAGUCGUGACCUUUGGCUCAAACUAGAGGAGAAAAAGGAACUGCACAGGCAGUGGAAGCAGGGUCAGAUAUCCUGGGAAGAGUACAAGGACACCGCCCAGUUGUGUAGGGAUGGGGUCAGGAAGACCAAGACACGGCUGAAGCUGAACUUGGUGAGGGAAGCGAAGAAUAACAAGAAAGGCUUCUACAGGUAUGUAAAUCAGAAAAGAAAGGUCAAAGAGAGUGCCUGCCCUGAUGAGAGAGACUGCCAAGCUGGCAACAACAGAUGAGGAGAAGGCUGAAGUACUCAACAACUUUUUUGCCUCAGUGUUCACUGGCAACCUCUCUUCACAAACCUCUGAAGGGGAUGGGCUGCAAGGUGCAGACUGGGAGAGAAAAGUCCUUCCUGCUGUAAGAGAAGAUCAGGUUCAUGACCACCUGAGGACCUGGGAUGUACUUAAGUUCACAGGACUAGACAAAAUGCAUCUGAGAGUUUUGAGGGAAUUGGAUGAUGCAGUUGCCAAGCCACUCUCCAUGGUAUUUGAAAAGUCAUGGCAGUUGGGAGAAGUCCCUGGUGACUGGAAAAAUGGUAACAUUGCACUCAUUUUUAAAAAAGGUAGAAAAGAUGAUCCUGGGAACUACCGACCUGUCAGCCUCACAUCUGUGCCUGGGAAGAUCAUGGAACAGAUCCUCCCAGAAGCUAUGCUAAAGCUCAUAGAAGACAGGGAGGUGAUUUGAGACAGGCAGCACAGCUUCAUCAGAGUCAAGCCCCUGCCUCACCAACUUAGUAGCCUUCUAUGGGGAAGUGACUAUAUCAGUGGACAAGGGAAGACCCAUGGAUGUCAUCUGUAUGGACUUCUCCAAAGCCUUUGACGUGGUCCCCCACAACAUCCUCUCUGAACUGGAGAAAUAUGGGUUUGAUAGAUGGACUAUUUGAUGGAUAAGGAAUUGGUUGGAUGGUCGCACCCAGAGGGUAGUGGUUAACAGCUCAAUGUCCAGAUGGAGAUCAGUGACAAGUGGUGUACCUCAGAGGUCUGUUCUGGGUCCAGUGUUGUUUAAUAUCUUCAUCAAUGACAUAGAUGAUGUGAUUGAGUACACCCCCAGCAAGUUUGUGGAUGACACCAAGCUGAGUAGUGAGGUUGACACCCUUGAGGGACAGGAUGCCAUCCAGAGGGACCUGGACAAGCUGGAGAAGUGGGCUUGUGAAAAACCUCAUGAGGUUCAACAAGGUGAAAUGCAAGGUCCUGCACCUACAUUGGGGCAAACCUCAGUAUUGAUACACACUGGGGGAUGAAGAGAUUGAGAGCAGCCCUACAGAGAAAGACCUGGGGGUCAUGGAGGAUGAGAAGCUGGACAUGAGCCUGAACUGUGCACUCGCAGCCCAGAAGACCAACCAUAUCCUGGGCUGCAUCAAAAGAAGUGUGGCCAGCAGGUCAAGAGAGGUGAUUCUUCCCCUCCACUCUGAUCUGGUGAGGCCACGCCCAGAAUACUGUGUCCAGCUCUGGAGCCCUCAACACAGGACCUGUUGGAGCGGGCCCAGAGAAGGGCCACAAAAAUGAUCAAAGGCCUGGAAUACUUUCCCUAUGAAGAGUGACCAAGAGAGUUGAGGUUGUUCAGCUUGGAGAAGAGAAGACUCUGAGGAGACCUUUUGGCAGCCUUUCAAUACUUAAAGGAGGCUUAUAAGAAAGGUGGGGGAAAACCUUUUAGCUGGGCCUGUAGCAGCAGGACAAGGGCUAAUGGUUUUAAACUGAAAGAGGAGGCGUUUAGACUUUUUUUCACUGAAGGUGGUGAAACACUGGAACAGGUUGC